AUGGAUAUGUUGACAAAAUUAGUUCUUCUUCGAGCUGCUGGCUUCCUACUGUGGAUCUUAUUAAGUGCGUGGGUGUUCCAUGAAGUGGAGUACACAGAAAAAAAUGAAGCUGAAGAAAAGUAUCGGUUGUUAGUCUCUUUGUACGUUUUCAUGAACUCCAAAUGUAACGUCAGUACGGAGGAGUUUGAUAACUUUACCAAACAAGCGCACGAGGCAUUGAGUGAGCCCAAACCAGAAUGGACCUACGUGGCUUCAUUUGACUUCGUUUUCCAAGCGUUAACUACAAUUGGAUACGGAUACAUCACUCCUCAAACACCCUCUGGUCAGGUGCUGUGUAUUUUUGUCUGUUUCAUCGGGAUUCCAAUGACUUUGCUCAUGUUAAAAUCUAUUGGAGAACUUAUUUCAAGGAGCGUUGAAACGAUCGUCACGAAGGUGGAAAAGAGACUACAGAAAAGAGAGGAACCAAAACACAUUAAAACAAAGAGUGCCAUAAUACUGUUUUCUAUAAUGAUAAUGAUACUACUGUCCUACACAAUAAUGCUUAACAUCGUAAUUAGUUGGACAUACGUUGAAGGAAUUUAUUUCUGGUUUGUAACCUUUACUACGAUUGGCUUCGGUGACUACAUACCACACAGACAAGAAAUGGCCACCCCCUCUUUGAACUCCAAAAAUUCUCCUAGCAACGAAUCACUUAACACACCUUCUAUGUUCUUUAUCGGCAUCGCUUAUUAUACCUCAACUUUGAUUGGCCUCUGCAUCGUGUCAAGUGUACUGGACUCCAUCGUGAAGGUUCUGGAAGAAAGGAGAUUGCGGCCUCGGUGCUCCACAUGUGUCCCUCGAAAAAAGAAGAACCACGUUGGAAGUGACAAAUGCGACAUUCCUGAUAAGGAAGAGGCCGAAAAUACAUUUAUAGAAUUGGAAAAUUAUGGGCUCCAAAAGGAGAUAUCACAGUAAUUCACAAUAACACUGGUUAGCAAAUUUUGGUUGAAUGCAAUCACUCGUCUUAGUUUAGAAUACACAGGAGUCCAUCUAGUGAGAAAAAGGGAAAACGCGAUGAUAAGGAACCUCUGAAGUCCAAGUAAGAGGAGCUGCACUGACUGUGUACGAAGGAGAAGAAGAUGUGUCAAGUAUCCAUAAUAAUCAAUCUGACUAGGUAACCUUCCGCACGGUUCUAUUUGGGAAUGUACCCGAUCGUUAACUUGAAAAAGUUGA